AUUAAUAAUUAUGAUUGAAAAUCAUGUAUUAUGUUGACUUUAUUGACAGAAAAAGUUGUGAAACUGUUAUAAUGGAGUUUGAGUCUUAAGUACUUUUUUUAUGUAACGAUGAAUAGGUGUAAUUUUGUUACAAGAAGCUGCCUACUUAUGUUGGCUUUAGGGGUUGUGUUAAAUGGUGUAUUAAAAUUACUACAACCUCAAAGUAAAGAAUGUCGAAUUCCUGCAAUUUACAACUUUGGUGACUCCAAUUCUGAUACUGGUUCAGACUCGGCUGCCUUUGGUCGUGCUCCUCACCCAAAUGGAAUUACAUUUUUUGGUAAAUCUGCUGGACGGAUCUGUGAUGGGCGGUUAAUCGUUGAUUUCAUUGCUGAGAAACUAGGAUUACCACUUGUGAGUUCAUAUUUGGAUGCAAUUGAGGCCAACUUUCAACAUGGAGCAAAUUUUGCUGCUUUUGGGGCUACAAUCCAGCCAGUUGACAGCAAUCUAUAUAGAAGCGGUGCUAAUCCUUUUUCCCUUAACAUACAGCUUUCGCAGUUUCAUCAGUUAAAACAGCGGUCUCACGAGCUAUAUAAUAUUAAACAAGCUAAAAUCUUGAACACUAAAGCUCUGCCAAGGCCUGAAGACUUCUCAAAGGCUCUAUACAUGUUUGAUAUAGGUCAAAAUGACAUUGAUCUUCUGUUGAAAUCAAUGACAGAAACACAAGCGCGUGAAUCUCUUCCUGACUUAAUCAAUUACUUAGCUUUGGCCAUCAAGAAUCUACACAAAGGAGGAGCUAGGAGAUUUUGGAUACACAAUACAGGACCCUUUGGUUGCUUACCAAUAAAUGUGAAUAGAUAUCCGUCAAACACCCAAAAUUUUGAUGAGCUUGGUUGUGUGAUAUCUUACAAUGAAUUCGCUCAAGAGUAUAACCGGCAGCUUAAGGAGAAAGUGUCUGACCUACGCACUACAUUACAAGAUUCACUUAUUGUAUAUGUAGAUAUGUACUCCGCCAAACACACUCUUAUCAUAGAUGCGAAGCAAAAUGGUUUUGUGGAUCCUUUAAAUUACUGCUGCAAGGAUUGUGCAGAAUCUUAUCUGCCUUACUGGAAAAGGCAAAUUGGAUAUGAGACGGAUAUGGUUUUUGAUGCUACUUCUUGUGAUAAUCCUUCGGAAUACAUUAGUUGGGAUGGUGUGCAUUACACUGAGGCUGCAAAUGAUUGGGUUGCUAGCCGGAUUUUCAAUGGAACAUUCUCGGAUCCCCUACUUUCCAUUGCUGAAUCCUGUAUGUAAAAUGUCUCAGUACAUUUAACUUUUCAGAUAGAACACUUCUCUUGGACAUUUCUUACAGGUGCCGGUGAGGAGGUAGAUGAUGAAUCAAAUUAAAGCAAAAUUAUAAAUUAGUUGGUUUUGAAGUCAA